UUGGGAUCAAAUCGAAAUGCUUCUAUCGUAGGUCGAUGGAAAAGUCAGUUGAGUUCUCCUCUUCAUGCUGCAUCGUAUUUUCUCAAUCCUUAUUACAUCUUUAACCCAACAACUGAUCUCAUCAAUAAUGAAAUUUCUGAGCCGCAAAUUUGUCUUACUGGAGUUAUAUCAAAAAUGGUUAGUGGCCCGCAAGAACAAGAACAAUGCAUGCUAGAGGCAGGAAGAAUGUGAGUGAUGCAAGGUCAAUUUGCAUCACCAUCAGCACGUAUUGCAGCUCAACAUGGUGAUCCUGUAAGUUGGUGGUUAUCUUAUGGUGCUGAGUAUUCAUCCCUCCAAAAGAUUGCAGUAGAGAUAUUAAGUCAAAUAAAUACAUCGUCUGGAUCAGAGAGGAAUUGGAGUGUGUUUGAAAGAAUCAACACCAAAUUACGCAAUAGUUUACUUUCAUCGAGAUUAAAUGAUCUGGUGUAUGUACGGUACAAUUUCAAGUUGGAGCAACAAACAAUUAAAGGUAAAGGAAGGAGACAUAACAUUGAUGUUCACGACCUUCAUAGUCUAUUGAGGGAUGACAAUAUGCUUUACUGGAUAGCGGGGGAAGAUGAAACACCGGUUUUACCUCAAGAAGAACAGUGGUUAAAUAUGCUGGAAGAGGAGGCCGUUAAUAAUCCAGAGCGUGUCCCUCUACCAUACAACUGGCAUGAUCCUGAACUUCAAAUCCCAUACGAAAGGUUACCGGUGAGUGACUUUGUUUAUGACUUUGGUAAUCUUUCAUUUGGAGAAAAUGCACAAUGUUAUGAGAAUGUGAAUCCAACAUAUGAUUCUCGUUACACUUCCGAUCGCUAUGACCAUGGUGUUCAACAUAUGAAGUAAGGAUAUAAUUCUAAUAUUGAUAAUAAUAAUGAAGUAGGUAACAAUAAUGAUGAUACUGAAGGAGGUUAUGAUAAUGAUAAUGAUGGUCAUUAUGAUGAUUAUACUUAUGCAAACGAAGAUAGCCAGUACCCCGACAACGAUGACUAUGAUGUGGAAAGGAACCGUCGAGAAAAUAAAGAAUACUUGAAAAAAGGUGGUGCUCGUAGAUUUUUAAAUGAUGAAUA